AUAAGAUGAUCUAGGCUUAUCUGUGACGCAUUAGCCAUCUCUUCUUAACGUUUUAGUUUCUCCUAAAUGAAACAAGUUUUCAUCUUUUAGCCAUAGCCAUUUUCUUAACGUUUUAAUUACUCCUAAAUGACAGUCAAGGAUCUGUUAGUGCGAACCGUCAGCUUAGGUUCAGGAAACGUCUCACCCGCAGCAACACUAGUUUCCGUUUGUGUGAUGCUCCUUUCUCGAUUCGGUUCAAUGAAGGAACCUCUCUUGAGAAGAUAACGCGCGUCUGCUAGGCCCAUACCUACGGAGCUUUUCCGAUUCAUGACAUAUGGUCGGAUACUUGAGCUCGCAAACACUGGGAAACAACUUCCUGGUAUGUAUUUUUAUGCUGAGUAGUUUUGUUCGGUUGUGAUAUAUCAUGUUCUAACGUUGCCCCCUUAAUUGGUGAGUUGAAUGCAAUCCGAAGCACAAUCACGGACCGUAUAGCAUGUGAUGCUCACUCUGCGUCUUGAAAGUGGUGAGAACGUUUGUGUGAGUAUGUUUGACUCGUUGGCGCUUGUAUUUCACACCAAAUUUGACAGCUAUGGGAGAGAGCCGAAAGUCAUAGUUGCUACAGGCCUGAAUCCUAAGAUAGUUGGGGGUCUUUUAUUUUUGAAUGCUACUUCCGCCACACAUCUCUACUUUGACUCUGAGACAGCUGCUCGGAAAAAACUGUUUGGCACCUUACCAGGUCAUGGAGCAGUCCCAGGAGGAUCUACUUCAAAGGUGGUUCAUGCACAGAAGAUUGAACCAAUGACCAUCUCCGAGCUUAACCAGUUUAUUAUCACGGCUGAUUCUCAGAUUAUAGAGUUUCUUUGCACCGCUAAGGUUACUGGUAUCCAGCAAGAUGAAGGUUGGAGUUAUAUUGGCUGCUCCGGGUGUUCAAAGAAACUUGUCCGAGAGAUAUCUUCUUUCACAUGUUUAUCAUGUAAUGAAACUAAUGCUGUUGCGGCACUCAGGUACCGAGUCGCAUUGGCUGUGUCAGACAACACUGAUACUGCAUCUUUCCUAGCUUUUGAUAUAUAGAUGGCUAAACUGACCAACAUUCAAGCUUCUGAGGCUGCUCAGAUUGUGGGGAUAGAGGUAGAUGCUCAGGUCGACACAGAACUUCCUCAGUCCCUUGCUGAUAUUGUUGGAAAAACCUACACUUUCCAGCUCAAAUGGAAUGAUUUCAAUUUCUCCUCGAAGCACCAGACCUUCACCAUAUCUCGCAUCUUUCCUCAGCGAGUGCUUGCGCCCAUGCCAGCCUUUGUGGUAACUGAAGGUGCAACUGUUCCCGCCGAUGCUCAGGCUGGAGAUUUGCCACAGGGAACAAUUUCCAACAUUGGAAUCACUUCUACUGGAGCAGAUAAGCCAACUACAUCUGAUGCUUCAACUGGUAAACGUCCACCACCGGCCAAAGACCAGGAUGAUGUCGACAAAACUGCCCCGAAAAAGGCACAUGUGGAAUGAGACCAUCACUCCACAGCUAGAACAACCACAACUGCUUCUGAUUCUAAUUAUGUUUUAGUGUUCCCAUUUUCCCGGUGGACUAUUUCUCUUUUUCUUUCAAAGCAAUGUGUUAUGCUUUAGUAUUUUCUAUAUGGUUCUGAACUAUUUGUCUUUGGCUUUUUUAAAAAUGUGGUUGUUCUUUAUAUUAUAUAAAUCUACUACUCUUUUUCGUUUUAAAAAAUGUGGUGGUUCUUUAUACUUUGCAGUCAUCCAACUUAAUUCAUUUAGCUUUACAACGGUUUUAAUCUUCUCCCUACCGAGCUUGGAAGUUUAUCCGAACUUUUUGUUACCAUAAGUUACAACAGUUUUAAUAUUCCAUUAACUUCGCAUUUAUACUUUAUGCUAUAAAAACAUUACAUUUUAACUACGAUCUAAACACACAGCCAUCAUAAUAUUAGAACAGAAUAAAACCAUGCUUCCUUGCAGUACAAGCAAAGAGACAGAUUCCCACCUUGAAAAAAAAACAAGACAGUUUCUAGCAGUAAUGUUUCUGGCAAGAAGCACAUCGAACAUGCAUCUCCAGAGACUGUUUCUCUUACGGUUUAGUUUCUGACUAGCCAUCCUAUUAAGCAUUAGUCAUCCCUGCAGGUGCAACAACCAAAUUCACUUGACAUUUCAUCAUCCUUUCCUUUAUAGAUUGGUUAUGAAAAUAUUCACGGAGCAGACUAUUUAGAUUUCAAUUACCAGAAGCAAACAUAUUAGUGUGUUGUGUAGAAGAAAAGAUUAACGAAACAGUGACUUCUUGCUUUUAAAAAUUGUUUCACCUUUAAUUAAUAGUAACUGGUAAAUGGUGUCUAUACAACUUAUAAUGCAAAUGAAAAGUAAUUUCAACUGACAGCCCUUACAGACGUAUAUACUCAUAUUUUUCCUCUUCACUGUUCUGAUGCAAACUCUCUAACUACGAUUGCUCAACAAAGGAAGUUCCCAGAAGACAUGGUGAAGGCUCAAGUUGAAGUAAAAGGCAAAGCAAGGAGAGGGAGACCUCCCAAAAACAUUAAUGUUUCUGAAGGUUCUACAGCAUCAUCAUCAUCAUCUAUAACCAAAAAAAGCCAUUAAAAAAAAAUUGGUAAGUCCUAAACAAACUUCAUCCUUUACUUUACAACUAAGUAUUAUGACAGAUUCAUGUUCUUUAAACUCUGGUCGUCCAGCACCUAAUCUACACAGACCUUGGUUUCAAGAGCAACAUCUAUCACUCACACCAUCAACCUUAAUCGGCCAACUAUCAGAUGAAGCUCUCUUGGCUGGUAAAUCAUCUGCAAUGCUUAUAUGUUAUCAAAUCUGUUUCCAGAUUUUGUUUCACACACUUCCCUGGACUCUUUUCCCAUAACAGUGGCUAAUGGAAGACAAGCCGGACAGAGAAGACAACAAAUCCGCAG